UCUCUCUACUGCAUAUGAUUUUCUCUCCUCUCUCCACAGCCUGGCUGAUGCUUGGUGCUGAAAAAGAGGGGGGAGGGUGGUCUUGCAGUCGACGAGAGGAACAGGAGUUUAUUGAGGAGUAUAGCUGCAACGAGAGGGGAAAACGCAUGCAACUGAGCGCCGCUGCCUUUUGCGGAUGGUAACAAGAGGAAAAGGGGAAAAGAAAAGGGAAGAAAGGAUCGCGCCUGGGCUGAACGGCCACUUUCUGCUGAGAAACUGCCGCUUGAAUUGUUGAACUUGUUGAUGCGACGCUAUUGUACCGUUUUCCUCUAUCGCCUGGCUGCAGUGACAGAUAGAUGGGAGGCGUAAUCGCAAGUGUUCUCUACCGAGGAUUGGUGUUUUUAUUCCAACUCCCCGUGGAUACAGUUUAAAGAGCAGCCUUUCCUGAGAUGCGAUUCAUCUCCGAGUCGUAGCCCGGUGAUCAGCGGAGCGGGGUCGUUUCUGAAACACUAGCACAGGUCAGCAUGGCAGCAGGUGUAGCGGCUUGGCUCCCCUUCGCCCGAGCGGCGGCCAUAGGAUGGAUGCCCGUGGCGAGCACCCCGAUGCCCAUCCCUCCCCAGGAGAGGAAGAAAGCCAAGGACGGACUCAUCAUCCUCAACGUGAGCGGCACCAAGUUCCAGACGUGGCGGAACACUUUGGAGCGCUACCCGGACACUUUGCUGGGGAGCACGGAGAGGGACUUCUUUUUCCACGAGGAGACGAACGAGUACUUUUUCGACCGCGACCCGGACAUCUUCAGACACAUACUCAAUUUCUACCGCACGGGGAAGCUACACUAUCCGCGCCAGGAGUGCAUAUCUGCCUACGACGAGGAGCUCGCCUUCUUCGGCAUCAUCCCGGAGAUCAUCGGGGACUGCUGCUAUGAGGAGUACAAGGACCGGAGGCGAGAAAACGCGGAGAGGCUCCAGGACGACGAGGACUUAGACAAUAGCAAUGACGUCACGCCGGUGAACCUGACGUACCGGGAGUUCCUGUGGCGGGCUUUUGAAAACCCCCACACCAGCACCUUAGCUCUGGUCUUCUACUAUGUCACCGGCUUCUUCAUCGCCAUAUCGGUCAUGGCCAACGUGGUGGAGACGGUUCCGUGCGGGUCUCUGCCCAACAGGUCCAAGGAGCUUUCCUGCGGGGACCGGUACGCGCUGGCCUUCUUUUGUUUGGACACUGCUUGCGUCAUGAUAUUCACCGUCGAGUAUCUCCUCCGCCUGAUCGCGGCCCCCAGCCGCUACAAGUUCAUGAAGAGCGUGAUGAGCGUCAUUGACGUGGUGGCCAUCAUGCCUUACUACAUCGGCCUGGUCAUGACCGACAACGACCAGGUGAGCGGCGCCUUCGUCACCCUCAGAGUCUUCCGGGUCUUUCGGAUUUUCAAGUUCUCCCGGCACUCCGCGGGGCUGCGCAUCCUGGGCUACACGCUGAAGAGCUGCGCCUCCGAGCUGGGCUUCCUGCUCUUCUCCCUCACCAUGGCCAUCAUCAUCUUCGCCACGGUCAUGUUUUAUGCAGAGAAAGGCUCCUCAGCCACCAAGUUCACCAGCAUCCCCGCUGCGUUCUGGUACACCAUCGUCACCAUGACAACACUGGGGUACGGUGACAUGGUGCCAAAAACAAUCGUGGGGAAGGUGUUUGGGUCCAUAUGCUCUCUGAGUGGGGUGCUGGUCAUCGCCUUGCCUGUCCCUGUCAUAGUGUCAAACUUCAGCCGCAUCUACCACCAAAGCCAGCGGUCGGAGAAGCGACGAGCCCAAAGGAAAACGCGGCUUGCUAGAAUCUGUGCUGCGAAGAGUCGAGGCACUAAUGCCUAUAUGCGCUACAAACAAAAUGGGCUCCUGAUCAACUCACUGAAGGAGGCCUCCAAGGAGGCAGGAAAAGCCCUGGUGGCGAAGGCCACAGGCCCUCCCUUUGAGAUCCAGCACCAUCAUCUGCUGCACUGCCUGGAGAAAACCACGAACCACGAGUUUGUGGACGAGCAGACGUUCCAGGCCAACUGCAUGGAGAUCUCCACGAUGAACAAGUCAGGGUCCCGCAACUCCUCGUUGUCGUCGUCGCCGCACCGGCUCAGCUCGUGCUGCUCGCGACGAAACAGGAAGAAGAGCAGCUUCAGCCUGCCCAGCACAAACAACCAGGAACUCAGCACCAUACAGAUUAGAGAGAGGCCAGUGGUCAACAGCCGCUCCUGCCUGAAUGCCAAACUCGAUGGUACUGUGCCCUUGAAAUGUGACGAAGCUUACAUCACUCCCUCCAUGGUCCGCCUGUCCGCCCCGGUGAUGACCUCAUCGGACGGGGACGGCUCCACAACCGCCAUCGCGUACUCUCAGAGCAACAUUGUCCGAGUAUCUGCCUUGUAGAUGUCACGCUUAUCUUAUCAGCUAACUGGUCUCGAGGAGAACCAGAUGCUGAGGAGAGGGACCACCGAGCAUCAACCUGCCAUAAUCUAGAGGGAUUAUAAGAUUAGCAGAGGGGGGAGGGGGGUGUUUUUGAAGUAGUGAUCUCAUCUGAUGUCAAACUCUGCAUGGUAUUAAAAUGAUGUGGACGGCUGCCUUGGAAUAAAAGCGACCAGCAGAUCUUGCUACAUUAAGCACAGAAGAGCGAGGAAGGGUUUUGAGGAUUGCGUGUUUUUUUUUGUUGUUGCCUAAACAUACUGAGAAAAAAAACUUUAUUUUUGAAUAUGUAAUGUUGGUGUAUUUGUUGUCUUCUGAUUCAGAGGAGGAAAAGAUGUUGUUUCAAGGUCAUGCUUGGUGACCUUAAUUGACAAAGCACAUAUUCAUUACCCGGGGGCCAUAUUUGUGAAUAUUCAAACAAUCUAUGUGCACAUUCACUUCAGUCAGCACCCAGUUAUAUAGAUUGUUUUUUUAAAAACCCUAAUUAACUGGUUUCUAAUCGUCCCCUCCCUGUUGUAAAUGCAGAAAUCAUGAAUCCACAGGAAUGAAUAACUGUUAUGAAUAUUCAUUAUCUGACUCAUUAACAUGUCCACGUCAUCGCUUGAUGAGUAAAAUAUACUACGCAUCCUGACAUGUCUGUGAAAUGUGCAAGUGAAAGUCAAAACCACAAAAUAUGUGUUAGAUUACAUAUAUGACAUUCUGAUAUGGAUCUAUAUGUCGAAGCCAUUGUCAUCAAUGAAAAAAACAGGGUACAUAUUAGUUAGGUUCCAAGGUAGAGAUGUAAGUGAAUGUUCUUUGCAGCACUUAACUAAUACUAACCCUAAUGUGGACACACAUAGUAUUGACCUGGGAAUCCAAACGAAAGAGGGUUGAGCAUCAAUUCCACUGAUUUCCUGUUAUAUCACCACAUUCAAAGGCAAGGUCGCACUGUGUCAAAGGGCCAUUUUGUACAUUUUUCAUAUUGUAAAUAUCUCAGAACUUUAUCAACUGCAUUUAGAGUUGGCUCCUCUAAUUUCUAGAUUUAGUUGACAGUUGUUGGCAUUCUCUUUCUGUCUGUUACCUGGUUGAAUUAAGGAUUUGCAUGCUGUCAUUGCAGAAUUCUGUUUUAUUAAAAGUAUGUCUCUUCUUCUUGUCGGGGGUUUGUCAGUAAAAAUUGGAAAAUGGAGAAAGGAAAUCACAAUGAGGCUGGUAUGUUAUGUAAAUUCUGCAACACUUUGCUUUUAAUGAAAUACAAAUCUUGUCAUGGGGUUCAUAUAUAAAGGGGUAAGGAAGGAUGAAUAAAUCACACAUUGUGCAUUUGGUUGAGUGGAUAGAAUAAAUACUGUAGCUCUACUGAAACAUCCACUUAAUGAGCCAUGUCUUUUCUUUUUUUUUAAACUAAAACACAAUUAGGUUGAUUUCAUAACGUUUGUCUCCUGAUUGCUCAAACAGCAUCACUAAUGGCGGAGAUGGGAUGAUAAUUAGGUGAUGCUGGAGGACAUGUGAGGACCUGACUGGCCCAGUGGUGGGUCCAGGCUGUAGGGUCUCUGGAGACGGACGCACAGGCCUCACCGGGUUGUUUGACAAAAAAACUCGGCAGCCUCCUCCCCGCUGAGCUGAUUGCAUUGGUCCAGGCUGCUUCUCACAGCAUGCAGCGCCUCAGCUCUGCAGUGUUAAGUAAUUGCUGAGAAGUCAGCCUGCAGAAAAUCUGAGAUAACACAGCGGCAUAUAACAUAAUAAACCUCCUAUGUACCUAAAUACAAAUCACACUUUGGGUGCGUGUGAUUUAAUUUAGUUAAGAUUUGAAUGCAAUGAAUAGACCAAUUUUAAGUAAUGACUAUUGACUGGUCAUUUGUUCUGGUGCCACUCAAAGGUGAGCGCGGAUUUAACCUUAUUUCUUAUUCUGUCAAAUUCGGUGCGAAACUGUGGGUUCACUGCGGCGUAUAUUAUGGGGUCGGUCAGUGACGUUACACAGGAAAGAGACACUGACAGGAUCUCCACAUCCUGCAUGAUGUUUUUCUGGAGAAAUAGAGGAUUAAAAAGAAAAUGUUACAGAUCAUUCAGAAAGACUGUAAAGGCUGUCAGUCAUUAAACACACAAACACACACACACACGCAAACACAAAAUACUUCACACUUCACAUCUCUACUUCACACUUGCUUGUUUUUUUUGGUCCUAAAUGUGAUGUCACAGCUUUUCACUAAAUGCUUGUAAAGUUGCAUCCUUGCUUCUGUGAUAACUCACCGGUGUAUUCUUGUUUUUGUGAACGACAAAAUUCACCAGGAUAGUUGUGAUCAGCGGCAGCCAGAACAAGAGGAAGGUUAUAAUUAUGUAACCAGCACGCUUCGCCAUUUUGCUUUCCUUCUUUUUGUUCGCUCUCUCUUUACUUGCUUUUGAAGGCAUCAUGCAAACGGCACCUUCUA